AAAACCCUCAGCGCAGAAGAGAGUAGAGAAGCCGGCGUCGGUAUCGCGUGAUGCACCGCUAGAAAAACGACCUACGCGCGCAUGUUAUCGUUGCUGCUGUGCCUUCAAUUCCUCCCUUCCCUUGUACACGACGCCAAGUCAAGCCGCGGAAUAAAACCGGGCCGGGCGCCUCCCCAUAAAUCACGCCGCCCCGCCGUAGGCCGACCAAGAAACUCCUCCAGCUCCCGACUUCCCAACCACAGCUGGCCGCCGGGAUGCCCAUCGCCGAGGCGGCAGCGGCAGCGGUGGCGGCGACGUGCGAGACGGCGCGCAUGUCCCCCGCCGCGGCGAAGCCCGGGGCGGCGAUAGGCACGACCACGCGGCGCGGGUGGCUGCGCCGGCUCGUGACGCGGGAGUACCUGCCCCGGAGCCGCCGGUGGAAGGCCCGCCCUGCUACGGAUGGCGCGGGCGGGGUUGCUGCGGGGCCGUCGUCGUACCGGAGGCUGGCGUCGUCGCUGUCGCGGUCGCUCCGGUGGAAGCGGAUGCCGGCGCUGCCGUCCCUCAGCCUGCGCGCCGGGUCGGCGUCGGCGGCGCUCGACGAGGUGGCCUUCCGCGUCAUGUACGUCGUCGAGGCCGUCGUGCUCGGCCUCGCGCUCUCCUGCUUCUUCCUCUGCUGCGGCUGCCACAUCUAGCCCGCCAUGCUCCAGCGCUCCAUCGGACUACUCUGUCACUGUUUGUUCGUUAGUUUGUUCUCCCUUCUUUGGUAACUACUACUCUACUCAGUAGGAGUAGGAGUACUAUUUUCUUCGUUUUGAUCGAUCGACUACUCUGUCUGUAAAUUUUCCGCCAUGAUUAAAAGCCAUGGAGAAAAAUUCCUAGUCUGCUCAA